GGUUAGCACAGGCAGACAGAACAACACCAACAACAGGCAACUGCUGGGAUCUUAACCAAACACUCAAAACAACUUCUAUCCUGACCUUAACAGAUUUCUCUUGAAUCAGAAAAAGAUGGAAUCCGAGAUGAAAUGCAACAAGAGCGAGAUGUGGAGCUCCAGUGUGUCAGCGGAACUGGACUUUGAGAUUACCCAUCAUCCCCUGACAAUGAGGCGAGUGGUUAACCUCAUCAUUGCCAUGGACAGGAUGAAGGGCAGCAGCACAGAAUCCAUGUUGAGCACCGAAUUCAGAGAUGAGCACCUGCUCAACUUCAUCCUGGAUAGCAUAGUGGAAGAGCAAAUUCUGUUUGAGAGUGGCUCUGCUCCACCACUUCCGCUCACACGGACGGGCGAAGAAGAGCAAAACAUAACCGACGGCGAGAAGAGGAGCUUAGUACUGGUCCAGAACAGCAUGGAGCUCCAUGCAGUGACGCUGCAGGGAGGUGCUGAACCCAGAAAAGUUUUCCUGAACAUGUCAACCUUUUUGCACCCUGCGUCCACCAUUGAAGGCAGAACUGUGGCUCUGGGCAUAAGGGGCAAAAAGCUGUACCUGUCAUGCCGCAAGGAUGGUGCCAGCCCAACUUUGCAUCUGGAGACAUUGGAGGACAAUAGUCUGCGGAGCAUCAGCUCAGACAGCGACAUGGUGCGAUUUCUCUUCUACAAACAGGACACCGGGGUGAACAUCAGCACCCUCAUGUCUGUCGCCCACCCUGACUGGUACAUAAGUACAGCAGAGCAAAACAACAAGCCAGUUGAAAUGUGCCAGGAGUCCGCCAGACGCUACCGUACCUUCAACAUAAGUGACAUCCAGGGAAAUGUUGAACGCCAGAGUUAAAACCAACCGGAGGCACUGGCUGUCAAGAUUGACCCUCUUAAGAGGAAAAUGUGGGUAGUGUAAAUUACACUGCACUUUUUGAUUCAAAAAAAGCAAUGACAUUUUUUUUAUAGAAAUCUUUUUACUGUAUGUACCAAGUACACAAAGUGAAAAGCUUAGUGUACUGACAUAAGUCAUGUUUCACCAGUAGGUGGCAUUAUUGUGCUAUGUGGUGAACACCAUAGGUAUUUAUUUUGCUAAUUGACAUGUUAAAGCUUUUUUAUCUAAUAAUUUAUUCCGCUAUUUAUGCUCCAUUUUAACAUGUAUAUUUAUUUGAAAAAAUGUUGACUAACAAGUAAUUUAAUUGUGUACAUUGAAAUAUUUAAUAAAUCCUUAUAACUUAAUAGAA